GCGCGCCGCCAGAUCUUUGGUCAGACCUGCGGGAGUGGGGACGGGGCGGGCGGAGGCCGGGCUGCUGAGGUACUUAGGGGAGGAGCCCGAGCCGUCGCUGCCGAAGGAGAGGAGCAUGUCUGCAACUCGAGCCAAGAAAGUGAAGAUGGCCACCAAAUCAUGCCCCGAGUGCGACCAACAGGUUCCUGUUGCUUGUAAAUCAUGUCCCUGUGGUUACAUAUUUAUUAGCAGAAAACUUUUAAAUGCAAAACACUCAGAGAAAUCACCAUCUUCUACAGAAAACAAGCAUGAGGCCAAGAGGAGGCGAACAGAGAGAGUUAGGAGAGAGAAGAUAAAUUCUACAGUAAAUAAAGAUUUAGAAAACAGAAAGAGGUCUCGAAGUAACAGCCAUUCAGAUCAUAUCAGACGAGGAAGAGGAAGACCUAAAAGUGCAUCUGCCAAAAAACAUGAGGAAGAAAGAGGAAUAGCCCAGAUACCUGGAAGAAAGUAUCUAAUAUGUGAAAGGCUGAGACUAAAUCAAAAGGUAUGAAGAAAUAACUUAGAGAAAACAAGUCUUUGCUUGGAAAAGAAAAAAAAUCAAAACUAUCAUUAAUAAUCUUUAGCAAAAGAAGAUAUAAUCAUGUAACUAGACCAAAUAAUAUUUGAAAGGCAAUUACAGAGGUCAAAAAGGCACCUGAGGAACUUCAAAAUAUAAACUUGAAAAUAUUCAGAAGCACCCAAAGCAUAUAUGAUUCUCAGAAAUGAAAAACCUUAAUAGAAAAUUUAAAGAUAAAAUUGAAGAAAAGUUCUAGAAAGGAUAGUAAUAAGAAAAGAGGUUAAAAAAAUAAGAUGGAAAAGAUAGUAAAUUCUCAGGUCUAACAUCUAUAAAUAAUCAGUUUCAAAAAGGAAAAAAACCCUAAAAAAUACAAAAGAUGGAGGAGAAGGAAGUCUUCAAUGAAACAAUUCAAGAAAUGUUCCCAAACCUGAAGGACCUUGAGUUUCUAUAUUAAGAGAACCUGUGAAAUUCCCAAUCUAAAGGAUGGUUAAAAAUAGAAAUGAUACCUCAGUGUUUCUUCAUAUUAUAUAUCUCUAGAAAGAGAAAAAUCAUUUAGGUUUUCAGAAAAAGGAAAGAAUCAAAAUGAUAUUGGAAUACAGUGAAAUAUUGCCUAGCAAGGAACAAAUUAUUAUUAUAUUAAUACCAUUGAUGAAAGAAGCUAGACACAAGAGAACAUAUUAUAUGACGCCAUUUAUAUAAAGUUUAGUAAGAGAAUUUUAUGGAAAUGGAAAUCAGUACAGUGGUUACUGGUGGGCUUAGGAAGGGACUAACUAUAAAAGCAUGAGGGAUUUUCUGGAGUAAAAGAAAUUUUGUAUAUCAUCAUUUUGUGGGUUAUAUGAGUAUGUAUUUAUCAGAACUCAUUAGUUGUCUUCUUAAUGUAUUUGUGUAUUUCACUGUUAUGUAACUUUAGUGAUAAUUUAAAAAAAUAACUAUAAAAAAGUUUUGAAAAAAGAUUCAAUUCAGGGAAAACAAUGUGCAAGAAGAGUGAAAUCAUUCACAUAGUCACUGAAAAAUGGGUGUUACUGAAAUUGCAAUUCAUAAUGAGAAGGUGAGGGCACAAAACCAGAGUGUUUGUGGUGGGAACAGGAGAUGCAAAACAAAAAAAAUCCUAAUUUUUCAUGGUGGAAACUGAAUAUGUAAUGUCUAAACCAAUAAUUGAAUUAGCAUCUUCUAAAAAAAUUAGAGAUAGAUAUGUUUUUGUAAAAACAAAGAGAAGUAACUGAAAAAAAAAAUCAGUAGUUGCAUCUGGAAAGUGGGAAAUUUGCAUGGAGGGAUGGAUGGACUUCUUUUUUUUGGUAACAAGUUUUGUAAAAUAAUUUGACUAAAUUAUUUGCAUGUUUAAUUUUGAUUGAAAUGUCAAAAUAACAAAAUCAUAGUACAAGCUGAAAAGGGCACUUGGAAAAAACAUCCAGCAAGAUGUUUAUUGUGGUUUUGGCUGGCUCAUAAUUUAAUAGGUGGUUUUAUCUUUAUUUUUCAAAUUCUCAAUUUUAUUUUUUUGUGGUAUUAGGGAUUGAACCUAGUAAUGUUCUGCGUUUGAGCUACAUUUUUAUUUUGUAUUGAGAUAGGUUCUCAUUAGGUGAAGCUGGCCUUGAAUUUGGCAAUCUUCCUGUCUCAGCAUCCUGAGUCACUAGGAUUACAAGCAUGAUCCACCAUGCCCACCUUGUUUUUCAGAUUUUCUUACUGUGAACUUGGAUUUCAUCUGUAAUGAGGAGGGGAAGGGUGGAAAUAAAUGUUGUUCUUGUUUUCUAUAGCAGGGCUAUAAGGUGACAAUAUUAAUAUAUUAUCAUUGAUGUUCAGAAAUAAACAUCUAGGGUUAGAAAUUUUGAUUGAACUCAUAGUAGUGAGGAAAAAGAAAUAGAUGAGAUUCUUAUAGAAAUGAUGUAGCUAUUGGACUGUGUGUGUAUAGAAAGAGUCUCCAUUUCAAUACCUUUGUGUAAUUUAAAAAAAAAUUAGUACCAUAACACUAAACAUAUUGUACAAUUAUGUAUAAUAUUUAUUGUCAUUAAAAGAAAUACUUGAAAGCUUUAUAAU